GCAUGGUGAUCCGAUGCCGAGGAAUGUGAUGUGAUGGCCGCUGCAGAUAGGUGCUAUGGAUCGUUUUCGACUCUGCGCAGAUGUUUCCGGACGACCGGGAUGGCCCUCUCCUACCAAAGCGGGAGAUGUGGGUUAGAAAUGAAGAUGAAUAGGUGGAUGGAUUUGUUGGGACUUGGUGGCUUGCUUAUUCUAAUUGCUUAUGGCCCUGGCAAUAAUAGGCUGAUCAUCAUGUCUACAGCUCAAGGAUCACGCAGAGGAAAGGCUGAACGGUGCAUGCUCAUUAUUAUGAGUACAUGUAGUACAACUAUCGAGAAAUCAACCGGAAACCAAGGCUAUUGCUAACGGAGAUAAUGCGGGAUUUGUGGCAACAAUCCCGGCUAAAGCGAAUACGGCUUAGAGCAUGCGGCUAAGCGAAGUCUGCCGGAACCGGGGAAGAC